UCUUUGCACACGAUCCAUUAGAUGGGGAUUGUUUGUUCUCUGUUCUUUAGAGCUGGAGAGACGACGUGGAAUGCUGAAAUCGUGAUCGGAAAUAAUAGUUUCAUCUGUGGAUACCCGGAUUGUUAUAUUAAUAAACAAGGUAACUGGUAAUGGCGCGUGAAGGUUUUCUUCAGAAGAUUUACGGUGUUCUCUUUGUCUUUUUUCUGGCACAACGCACAAAGGGAGACCUGACCUAUUCCGUUCAAGAGGAGCUAAAAAAAGGAUCUAUCAUCGGAAAUAUCGCCAGGGAUUUAGGACUGGAAUCACUGGGAAUCUCUGCUCGUAAAGCCCGCGUUGAAAUGGAAGGAAGCCAGAAGGAGUAUAUCAGAGUUGAUUUGAGAAACCAAGAUUUAGUGGUAACCGAAAGAAUAGACAGGGAGGAGCACUGUGGACAAAACCCGAAUUGUAUUCUCAAAUUUGACUUGCUUUUAGAAAAUCCACUGGAACUGCAUCGAUUGUCCCUUCAAAUACAAGAUAUAAACGAUAAUUCCCCGGUGUUUCAGAAGGAUUCCGUCAAACUGGAAAUCAGGGAGUCAGCUAACAAAGGGUCCAGGUAUCGCAUUAAUGCUGCGCAUGAUGCUGAUAUAGGCCAGAAUGCGGUUCAAAGAUACAUCCUGCAACAAAACGCUAAUUUUGUGUUCAAUAUGCAGACAACCAAUGCUGGUAGUAAAUAUGGAGAGUUAGUCUUAGAUAAAGAAUUAGACCGGGAAGAGCAACACAAGCUGAUUUUAUUACUGACAGCUGUGGAUGGUGGAUCUCCACAGAGAUCAGGGACUGUAGUCAUUAAAGUCACAGUGCUCGAUGCUAAUGAUAAUGCUCCCUUUUUUACUGAGGCCGUGUACAAAGCCAGCUUACAUGAAAAUGCUCCUUUAAAUACUCCAGUUAUAACAGUGAGUGCAAAAGAUGCAGAUGAAGGUCUUAAUGGUGAGGUGACAUAUGAAUUUGGCCGGAUAUCUGAAAAAUCCGAAAAGUUGUUUUCACUUGAUGAAAAAACGGGAGAAAUAGUUGUAGCAGGCGAAAUAGACUAUGAAGAAGGAUCUAAAUAUGAACUCGUGAUUGAAGCCAAAGACGGGUAUGGUCUGUCCUCAGAAGCUAAAGUGAUUAUUGAUAUCACUGAUGCAAAUGAUAACGCUCCAGUGAUAUAUUUAAAAUCCUUGUCCAAUCCCAUACCGGAGAACGUGUCACCUGGUACAGAAGUGGGCAUCAUUAACGUGCAGGACAGAGACUCUGAGAGAAACAGAUUGGUGCGCUGCUUUGUCCAACAAAAUGUUCCUUUUAAAUUGGUUCCCUCGAUUAAAAACUACUAUUCACUGGUGACGGCAGGUCAGCUGGACCGUGAAUUAGUAUCUGAAUACAAUAUUACAAUCACUGCUACUGAUGAGGGCUCUCCACCUCUGUCUUCUUCUAAAACUGUAAAGUUAUCUAUAGCUGAUAUUAACAACAACCCACCAGUAUUUGAGGAACAGUCCUAUAGUGCAUAUAUUAAUGAAAAUAACAAACCUGGCUCCACUUUAUGCUCCAUUUCUGCCCAAGAUCCAGACUGGAGACAAAACGGUACAGUGAUUUAUUCUCUGUUACCUGCUGAGGUGAACAGUGCUUCUGUAUCAUCUUAUCUAUCUGUUAAUGGAGACACAGGGGUGAUCCAUGCUGUGAGGUCAUUUGAUUAUGAACAGUUCAGGAGUUUUAAAGUCUACGUGAUGGCCAGAGACAAUGGUUCCCCUCCACUCAGCAGCAACGUGACUGUCAGUGUGUUCAUUUCGGAUGUGAAUGACAACUCUCCUCAGAUUCUGUACCCCAGCCUGGAGGGCAGCUCCUUCAUGACUGAGCUGGUCCCUAAAGCUGCACAUGGAUGCUCUCUGGUCUCCAAAGUCAUAGCGGUGGAUGCAGACUCUGGACAGAAUGCCUGGCUGUCCUAUCAUAUAGUCAAAGCCACUGAUCCUGGACUUUUCAGUAUAGAUCUGCACAGUGGAGAGAUCAGGACACAGCGGGAUAUUUUAGAAUCUGACAGCAUGAAACAGAACCUGAUUGUUGCAGUGAAAGAUAAUGGACAGCCCUCUCUGUCUGCCACCUGUUCCAUGUAUUUACUUAUUUCUGAUAACUUGGCUGAGGUGCCAGAACUGAAAGAUAUUUCUUAUGAGAAAAAUUCUAAACUGACCUCUUACCUGAUUAUUGCGCUGGUUUCUGUAUCCACCUUCUUUCUGACCUUCAUUAUCAUCAUCCUUGGUGUGCGGUUUUGUUGGAGGAGAAAGCCAAGAUUGUUGUUUGAUGGAGCAGUGGCCAUCCCUGGAGCCUACCUCCCUCCUAAUUAUGCAGAUGUUGACGGUACGGGAACUUUACGCAGCGCUUACAAUUAUGACACCUACCUGACAACAGGAUCUAGAACCAGUGACUUUAAGUUUAUAUCAUCCUACAAUGACAACACGCUUCCUGCUGACCAGACUCUGAAGAAAACUCCGUCGGACUUUGCUGAUAUGUUUGGAAUAUGUGAUGAUUCUCCUGAGGUAGGAACAUUUAUGAAGAAGUCUACUCCUCUUAUGUUGACUUUUGAGUAAUACACA